GCGUUACAAAAAAAAAAAAACAGCAAACAGAAAAAUAAAAUAAAACAAAGCGCCCAAUUUCAGCAAAAGAUUGCAUCCGCUCCUGUGCGCAUGACGGCGACCUACACUUAAAAGCACGCGCGCACAUACACAGACACACACCGAGAGACACACGACACAGAGGCAGACAGCUAAAGCACCAGCCAGCGGACAACCAAACAGGCCAGAAUCGGAAUAUACACACACUGCGAGUUCUCAGUGUUUAGUUGAGCGUUUGGUUACGUUGCGAGCGGACGAAACGUGUGGCACGGAGUUCAACAAUCAACAACAACCACCAGCACCACCAACAACAGCACCAUCGCGGGCAGCUGGAAAAUAAAGAAACGAAGCAGCACAACAAAAACGCUAAACAAUAAUAACAAAGCAGAAAAGUGUGCGCACUGCUGACCAGUGCAAGAAAAGCUAAGCUUUUGGCCUGGCUUUUGUUUUUGUUCCGACGAGUUCGCAAACGCCAUUGACGUCCGAAUUAUUACCACACUCCACUCUAUCGACACACAAGCGACGCAUUUGUGUUUUGUUUUUUAUUUCAUUUCUUUGUUCGAGCAGACACCACAAUGAUGAUUUGAUUUCAACUGAACAGCAAUAAAAUAUCGGCAGCGAGAAAAAAGUUAAUUUAGUGCGCAAUUACAACAGCAACAAUAAUAACAACGACGGAAACGAGUUAGAGGCAGUUUUUGAACGCGACUUCAACUAAAUGCAACUGCGCAAAACAACGAACAAAUAGAAGCAACGACAACAAAGGUAGAGAACUACAAAAUUGCAUCACUCUGCUGUAAAAUUUACAUAGCUACCGUGCAAGCAACAACAAGCACUUGAAAAGUUUAGCUAUAGUUGUUGGAAAAUAGCGAAAACUAUGUAAAAAUUUCCAAGCAAACAACACACAAAAAUCAAUACGCAUAGUGUGAGGGAAGGGAAAUCGAGAGAGAGAGAGAGAGAAGUGAAGGCUGCUGCAGCAACAACAGACUUGCAACAACAACUGCAACGGCAACUGGCAAAGCUUCAGAACAACAACACAAAGUGGCCCUGUUAGAAGCUUAAGGCGAGCAGCGUCAGCGUCAACGUCAACGUCAACGCAGAGGAGGCAGCAGCGAAGUACAAAGCAAAACAAGGCGCAGGAAAAACAAUUAAGAAUUACCAAUUAAACUAAUUCCGGGACAAGAUGCCCUCAUUGCUGGAGGCGCUGGAGCGCAAAUAUUUUGCGGAAUGCGAAUUCGAGAAUGCCAACGAACCGGAGCUGCACAAACGUGAUGAUUUGCCCAACGAUUUUACGGUGACAAAAUGUGGGGGUCGGAUGGAGUUUUCCAUUUUCAUACCGCGUCUCUCCCCGCUCACAAGCGUUCCGGAGCUGCUGGUGCUAAAUGACUGCGACAUUGACUGUGCCGGCGAUUUCGAUAGCAUUCGCGAGAAGUGCCAACGCGUGCGUGAGCUGGACUUGGCGCAAAACAAGCUCAAGGAUUGGCAGGAAGUCUUUCACAUGCUGCGACACAUGCCGCGCAUCGAGUUUCUCAACUUGAGCAAGAACCAGCUGAUGAGUCCGCUGAGCACACUGCACGAGGCGCCGACGGUGAAUCUCAAGAAUCUGGUGUUAAAUGGAACGUAUCUGGACUGGAUGUGCAUCGAUGUGCUGCUCCAGAACUUGCCAGUGUUGCAGGAACUGCAUUUAAGUCUCAACAACUACAGAGCGGUGCUCAUCGAUACCGCUCAAGAAGUGGAGCUACAACAGCAAAAACAAGCAGACAAUGAAUCCGCCACCGCCAGCCACAGCGACUGCCAGAUCAUACACGAUGGUGACACGGAAGUAGAGGAAGAUAGUGUCAGUGGCUGUGGGGAAUGUCAGGCGGCCCGUAAAUACACAAAAGCACAUCCCACGCUCAAAACGCUGCACUUCACCGGCAAUCCCAUCGAGCAAUGGCAGGAAAUCUGUCGCCUGGGCCGCCUCUUUCCCGCCUUGGAGAGCCUAGUAUUGGCGGACUGUCCUAUCAAGUCGCUGAAGGAUGAAGCGGAACCUUCCACAAUGUCCAACGACUCGUCAACCGCGUCCACGGAGUCGCACAAAUAUUUCCCCAGCUUAAAGCUGCUCAACCUCAGUUCGGCGAAGAUGAACAGUUGGGCAGACAUCGACGAGCUGGCCAAGUACAGUCAGCUGCAGAAUCUGCGCGUCAAGCAUUGGCCACUCUGGGAGAGUCUCGAGUGCACGGAGCACGAGCGUCGACAGCUGCUAAUUGCCCGUCUUCCCAAUGUAGCCAUGCUCAAUGGUGGCGGUCUGAUCAGCAGCGAUGAGCGCAUCGAUGCGGAACGGGCCUUCAUCCGCUACUAUAUGGACAAGCCAGAGAACGAGAGACCAGCGCGUUACGCCGAAUUGCUGGCAGUGCACGGCAGACUCGAUCCGCUGGUCAACGUUAAUCUGAAGCCGGACAAACGUGUCAAGGUCGUCUUCACCUAUAACGAUGUCAGCGAGAGUCGCUUCGUGGACAUUUAUCUGACAGUUAACGAUCUGAAGGCAAAGCUUGAAAAGCUGAUCAAUUUGCCGCCUAAUAAGAUGCGCUUAUUUUAUUUGGAUCAGGACUACAAGGAGUUCGGACCCGAGGAGAUGCGCUACCCCAAUAAGCAGCUCUAUAGUUAUAAUAUACAAUCUGGUGACGAGAUCAUUAUUGAUGCCAAGAAAUAGGGGCUGGCGUUAGCCAGGAGCGGAGGGGCUGGUGCUGCUAAUAACUUGUGAUUUUGUAUUAUACAAAUACAGAUACGUAUAAUAAACAUAUACAUACACAUACACAUACAUGCUAUGCAAAAUCCUAAUAUUAAAUAUA